AUGCGCCUCUGGGGUUGCAUACCACUCACUCUCCUGGCUUUGGUAGCUGUUUCUACGACCACCCAAGUCGCAUGGAAUUCAGAUGCAACUAUUCAGCCCCAAACAUUAGUCGAUGUUCUCAAUAAUGACGAGGACUAUACAUCACUCCUUUCUCUCCUGCAGAAAGCUAAACUCAUCCCAACGUUGAACAAGUUGAAUGGCAGCACCCUUUUCGCACCAACUAACGACGCAAUUAAUCGUCACGAUAUUUGGAGGUCAGCCCUCGAGUAUCCUAACUUGCUCAAAGACAAUGUGCAAGAGGAGCUACGUCAGCAACUGUUCUACCACCUCCUUAAUUACUCCGUAACUGAAGAUCCAAAGGACUUGACUACACUGCGAGUUCUUGACACACUCCACUUCCCGAAAUUCUCCCUGGAUUCUCCUACUAAUAAGCCUCCCCCAUGGAUCCCAAUACCCGAGAGCACUCUAGGCAACCAAUCUCAGAAGUUACGCAUCACUUCACGAGAUGGCGUAGGCUGGGUCGGUGUUGACGCUUUUGGACAAGGGGGUAUUGAAGUGAAGAAACAGAAGGUGGAGGCGGCAAAUGGUGUCGUGUAUGGAAUUGCUCAUGUCCUUGAUGUUCCACUCCACCUCGGUCGUGUCCUGUCUCAUGAACCAUCCUUGUCAUAUUUUCAGAAGGUCCUCACACCUAGCAUGCUCAAUGUCAUCAACUCUACCUCUGAGCUUACGUUGUUCAUUCCCGUCGAUUCUGCAUGGGAAGCACUCGAUCCAAUUGAGCGGUUAUACCUCGAAAGCCAAUUUGCUGCAGAUGAUCUUCUGCGCAUAUUCAACAUGCAUGCUGUUGUCGAGGAGAGUGUCAGAUGGUCGGACAGUUUCGACUCAGCCACCACCUUGACUACUGAAUAUGGAUCUGAGUUGGAAGUCGUCGUCUCCGAAGGGAAGACUACAGUAUCAGGCGCUACCCUUUCGCAGCCCGAUAUUUAUGCGAGUAAUGGAGUCUUACACCUCGUGUCCUCUCUACUGGUUCCACCAGGAGCCCUUCAACUAACACCUGAGAAAUACCUUCUUGCACUCAACUGCACUUUGUUUAUUUCUCUCAUACACUCAGUCAAUCUUACCCAUCUCAUCAAUGAUACCGAGACUCAAUACACCAUCCUAGCACCGAAGGACGAUGUUUUAUCCGUUUUCGGGAACGACGGCUUACCCAAACAGGGGAGCGAUGAGCUAAAGAGGAUGUUGCAGUACCACUUUCUCCCCGGGAAAUGGACGCCCAAGAAGUUGGCAGACGGCAUGCUUCUAGAAAGUGUACUUCAGGAGCCAGGUCUUGGUAAUGGGAGUCAAGUUAUACACGUAGAGGUCAACGACGAUGAGAAGCAGGAUGUCCCAUCCAGACAUAUCAGGUUUGGUGGAGCUGGCAUUGUUGGAGAGCACCUUGUUAUCAACAAUACUGUUGUCUACUUCAUCUCAUCACCUCUGGAACCACCUGUGGACCCGCUUCAAACAGCUCUACCCUCUCUUGAGUUGUCUUCAUUCCUUGCCGCAGUCUUCUCCACGUCCAUUGCAGAAGACAUCAAGAAGACGCCCCGCGCAACGUUCCUCAUCCCUCACAAUGCUGCUUUCAAGCGGCUCGGUAAGCUGGUCAGCGACCAUCUGCUAGCUGCGUCAUCCAAGACGGACUUGGAGCGCGUCAUAAGGCACCAUAUCAUAGACGGUAUUGAAUACUCCCAGAGCCUCGUUAACGGCUCUGUGCGCACUUUCGCCACCCUUGAAACAUCUGACUUACAACUGGAGCACCUACCAAAUCUAUCCGUUAUCGUUAGCCCCAGCGGUGGCUGGGCUGGCAUGAAGAGCGCGUUAUAUCCCACAAACACGCUCACCGAAACUGGCGUAAUACACGAGCUGUCAGAUCUGAUGAUCCCGCGAUCCGUGGAGUUAAAUGUAGGAAAGCUUAUGAAGGCGGCCAAGGCCACCACUAUGAUUAACAUGGUCACGAAAGCUGGAUUCGACUGGAUCCUGAAUGGAACCGCUCCUCCUGAAGAUUCAAAGUGGGCAGACCAGGGUUUAGGUGGGGCAAGUUGGACCGUACUUUGUCCAACGGAUGAUGCGUUCAAGAAUAACAACCUUACACAGCUCCUCGAGAAUAUCGACGUUCUUCGUGCAAUCGUUAGCCAACACCUCAUUCGCACAUCAUCUGCAGGAGAAUCUGGUUCAUUUAACGUCUUCGACGUCUUGAAUAACAACCGACCCCUUCCGCUAGAAGAUUUGGGCGAAUAUCCCACUCUCCUUUCGCCUUCUUCGGCGUAUGGUGAUAUUGUCUUUCGCGCGUUGGACGACAAAGUAUCCCAGUACAUGGUCGGGAUCAAGAACGCAAGGGGGACAGACAAACAAGCUGACUGGGCACGCGUCCUAACGUGGGGUCGAGCAACGACGGGCGGGGGUACGGGCGGCGUUAUCACCAUUGACCGCAUGCUCGUCCCGUAUCAUCCGCCAUGGUGGAUCGAAUACUUCGCGCCGCUCUUCGUGGGAGCGCUUGGCGUUGGGUUGAUAGGCUUGUUCUUCUAUGCUGUCCGGACAGUAUGGAAGAGGGAUGUUACUGAAGCCACAUAUGAGCCGAUUGCACCAGCAGCCGAGGAGGCCAAGAACUCGGCAAUUGACAACGUAAAAUCGUUUAUUGCAGGAGGUUUUGGAGGAGUUUCUGCUGUCCUUGUAGGGCAUCCUUUCGACCUGACCAAGACCCGAUUACAGACUGCAGCUCCUGGCGCGUAUACUGGUGCAAUUGAUGUUGUCAGGAAAACAUUAGCUCGAGAUGGUGUCACUGGCUUGUAUCGUGGAAUGGUACCUCCAUUGCUGGGAGUCACUCCAAUCUUUGCAGUGUCCUUCUGGGCAUACGAUGCCUCUAAGAAUUUGAUACUCGCACUCACACCCAAUCGUACAUCCGAGAAGCUUUCUACAGCAGAACUUGCCGCUGCCGGUUUCUUGUCUGCCGUACCGACGACCCUCAUUACUGCACCUGUUGAGAGAGCAAAGGUUCUGCUGCAGGUGCAAGGUCAAGGAGGUUCAGGGCCCCAAUACAAAGGUGUCUUCGAUGUUAUGAAGCACCUUUACAGGGAAGGUGGUAUACGAAGUAUCUUUCGAGGCACUGGUGCAACUAUCGCUCGCGACGGACCAGGCAGUGCUGUUUACUUUGCAGCGUAUGAAGUUACCAAGAAGGCCCUGAUGCCGGCUGGGUCGUCAGCAGGAGACCUCAACCUAGGCGCCAUCAUGUUCGCAGGCGGAACUGCAGGUGUUGCAAUGUGGUCAAUAGCUAUACCUCCAGAUGUCUUGAAAUCCCGCAUACAAUCUGCACCUUCUGGUACAUAUUCUGGACUUUUCGAUUGCUUUAGAAAGACCGUAGCGCGUGAUGGGAUUACUGCAUUAUGGAAAGGUCUUGGUCCAGCGAUGGCUAGAGCUUUCCCAGCUAAUGCUGCCACAUUCCUUGGUGUCGAAGCCUCGCGGAAGUUCAUGGAUGCUUUGGUCAUGUCCGACUCCAAGAAAAAAUACAAGUCGUCCAGUCAACCACGAGCUGUAUCUGCUUCUGAAAUUGCUCGUAAUUUGGGCAAUUUUGAAACAUGGUCGUCACAUCAAUGUUGUGAACAAGUUUCUCUCUCUGACCUUCCCUCUGAAUUUCAAGAGGAUGUGGACAAUCUCUUUGGUACCACAAAGCGAAUUCCUCGCUCCUGGUUAGACAGGUCUUUUGACUGUAGCCCAGGUUUUGCCAAGUUUAUAGCAGAUGCUUCACGAACAGCACCGGAACUCUUCUCCAUCGACCAGAGUGCAAGCAACGAACUAUUUGAAGACGUAUGUGUCGUUUUCAGUGCAUGGAAGCGUUUGGCACAAAUGAGAAGUUCCAAAGAGAAAUGGUCCGAGGCGGACUUCGUGGCUAACGUAUACAACGUAUUCCGAACUUCUAGAAUCAGAGAAAGCACCUUCCGGGUGCAAUGCGCGAUUUCGCUCCCACAACCGCAAGACACAUUUCAAAACGCCUUCGAUGUGCCCCGUGUGUUGAAUACGAAGACCGUCAUCCCUGACUGCGCAAUCUUCAUUCCCGCUUCACGGACUCGACCGUUGUCGCAUUCUGCCAAGUCACCAUAUAAGCUCCUCAAGAACCACCCUACCGUAGUAAAAGCCGGUAAUGCGGCUAAGAGAUCUUCUUUCAGGUACCAGAGUACCCCGUGUGCUCAGCUUCCCGAUAUGCCUGGCUUUGAGUUCGCAAGCAGCUUCUGGGAGGAUAAGAAGCCGGUACACGCUCUUCUUGAUGAUGCAUAUCGCCAGAACCGCAUGUCAACAACUGCUGCUGUCCGGCAUUUACACUCCCUUGGUAUCCAUGCCCCUGUCACGGGGCUUAUUUGGGCAGAUGGAGUUGUCCGCGCGCAUGUUGAUUGGUGUGAGGAAUCAGAGGGAAAGACGGUAUUUAUGGCAUUGCAGGUCAUGAUGUCUGCUCCGUAUUGUGGUCCCCGUGGUCGAUCAUCAAAUGAUGUGUUCCACGAGUGGAAACUUGAUCGUCCAAGCGACAUUCUGCAGGUUUACUUCCUUGUUCGGAAUAUUGACGAGUGGACCACAGGCAAAUUCUUAGAAUAUACUGUUCGGGGUGUAAACCAAAUGGUGGAAAAGCUUUCCUCCAGCGAAAGGACAUAUAAACCCUGGAAAAGGGUUGGGGACCUGGCACCUCCAUUAAAGACUAACGCGCUGAAAGAGAACCACAACAUUUCUGUUACUACAGUUGUGACUUCGGAUGCAUCCCCCUCCCCGCCUAAGCCCAAGAGCAGGCGACGGAGACGCAGGUCCAGUAAUUGA